CUUGUCAAGAGGUUGUCAUUCCUCAAUUCUCAGCUGUUUAUAUGUCAAAUAAAUGUGUUUAUAUGUUUUGUGAGAUAAAUGAUGAGGUUGAUUUUAUAAAGAAAUUCUUAAGGUAUCCAGUUAUGGAUAUUGGAUUUCACCAGUCUUAUAACAUUUCAAUCUUAACUAAGUACGCAGACCGUGAGCUGUAUCUGUUUUUAUCCUGAAAGUUAGUUCUGGAUUAUGGAUGUGAAACCUGGUAUUCCAAUUGACCGAGAAAAUGAGGAGACAUUGCCUAAUGCAGAGGAAGACGUAGAAGAUGCUCUAUCAUCAUUCAGAGAAAAAUGGCAGAAAGAGCUACGAAUAUCACCCGUAAAGCAAGAAUCUACCACAGACGUAAACCACUCUGAAUGUCAAGACGAAAACUGCGAGAGUAUAGCAAGAGAAUUAUUUUUGAAGGGUGUUGAGAUGGAAAGAUGUGGUAAACUUUAUGAAGCCAUACAAUAUUAUAAGAGAGCUGUGCAACUUGUGCCUGAUAUAGAAUUCAAGUUAGAAAACACUACAAAGCCUAAACUGAGAGAAAGACAAUACAGUGAGAGUGAUGUAAAUGAUGGUGCAGACGAGGCAUUAAAUGAUUCUGAAGAUGAAGAAGUUGGUGAAGGAGAGCUUUUGUCUUUUAUACAGAAGAGGGUUCCUAGAGGUUCACCUUUGUGUUUUCCAAAAUAUGAGCAAAAAACUAUCCAUAUUGGUCUGUUACCUGUUGAAGUGAUGCUGUAUAUAACACGCUGGAUAGUCUCAAGUGAUUUGGAUUUAAGAUCAUUGGAGAUGUUUGGAGCUACUUGUAGGGGAUUUUAUUUGUGUGCUCGAGAUCCAGAAGUGUGGCAUUUGGCAUGUUUGAGAGUAUGGGGUAUAAAUUGUGGUGCGACGCCAGGAAUCUACAAUUCUUGGAGAUGUAUGUUCAUAGAGCGACCACGUGUCCACUUCAAUGGCUGCUACAUUAGUAAGACCACCUACAUUAGGAAUGGAGAGAACAGUUUUCAGGAUCAGUUUUACCGGCCUUGGCAUUUAGUUACGUAUUAUAGGUACCUAAGAUUCUUUCCUGAUGGCUCUGUAUUGGUGUUGACUACAGCAGACGAGCCUAUGCAGAGUGUUCAACUAAUGAAGCAAAAAAAUGCGCGUUAUCCACUACUCCUGGGCUAUUAUCGACUCAUAAACGAUAAACUUACCAUCGUAGUGCAUCGUAGGGAAAUAAAAAUUAAUUCACAGUUAGCCAAGAAAAAGAAAAUGGAAAUUCAAGAUAAUCCGGAACAAACCUUUCAUAUGGUAGAGUGUUCCCGAUCAUCAUGGGCGCAUGAGAGCUCCAUGUUUGCCGCAUUUGUGUGUCAGAUGGUAGCGCCAACGAUUUGGCUGGGUGGGAAGUAUAACGGAAUGGAGCGGUGUCCAUGCCAGUUGAAAUUGACAAGGAGUUCCAAAUAAAUAGCCAUCACCGCAAAAUGCACAAUCAGCUAAUAUGGACGCACUAUUCGGUCUUCACUAGAACCAAAAAGGGAGAGGAAAGCACCUGUAUAUUUGAUUUAAUACCCAACCGUUACCCACCUCUAUGGUUUUCUCGAGUUAAGAGUUUCACUGCUGUAUCUGAAAAUCCUUUGCUAUAACAAAUCGAUUAUCUAUUCGUUAUUCUGAGUUUUCAAGAAUCGCAAACACGAUACAUGAGAUUUUGGAGAGUUAUAUUUCCCGAUAUUGUUCUCUUUUUAUCGCCGAUUAAUAUCUUGGUGGACCCAAACGUUGUGGGUUUUAAGAGGUUAUAAUCUGAAAUCUGUUAAGGCUAGAUCCCACGAUACUUAUUUCACCUAACAAACCUAUGGUUGCCUUUCGGCGGCUUCAAAGCUAAGGUUGUUUUUGGCAUAAUUCUAUCUGACAUUACGCUAUUACGGGAAUUGGGCAACAAUACCCUCUACCAUUUUCAACACCAUCUUUUUGAUAAAAGAUUGCGACACGUGACAAUGACUUUGGAGAAUCAAUGACUGCGUUCAUUACCACUCAGCAUUUGAAUCUUAGCCCUACUUAGAGUAUGCUAUGAACAAUGAAGAUAAUCUUCUAAAGGAUUCUCCAGACAGGGCUAAAAGUCAGCUACUGAGUGCUCGUGACCACAACCCAUGAUUAGAACUACAUAGUAAUUUCGGGGAAUAUGACCAUUUUUGUUGGUCGAGAUAAAACAAAAUAACAGCUAUUCUAAAUCAUAUUUUGGAAAUUAAUAACUAGUGGUAUUAUCUAAAAGUAUCGCUUGAUGAAUUCAGGUAAAAAGAUGUGGUCCCCAGAUUACAAAAAAAAAUAUAAGUAAAAAUUGGCAAUUUAGGUGCUAAACAAAAGUGGAGGGUAAUAUCGGAUAAAGGAAAUAAUAAGACGAAAUGAAUAGAAACCGGUUUAAUACUUCUAUUGUAAACAGUUUAUUUGCAAAAAUCGUAAAGAAUACAUCCCCCUCACUACCAGAGCAUGCUUCGUGAGCCCAUUCUUCACAGAUAACACCAUACUUCUCUACUACGACUCAUGGUAAAGGUUUUCCGAGAAAAAAUGCAUUCUGCAUUGUCAGAAGCUGGUUUAGUUUUCACAUAGGUAGAGAGUGGCAGUUCAUCAUCAUCUAAUUCGUCGUAUACAAUAACAGACUCCGACUGAGAAGAUGGCGAUGAAGUUGAUAGAAGGUUUUGUCUUUUUUUCUCAUGCGCCUUCGAAGAGCAUGGACCAGCUUCGUUGGUUAUCUUUCUUGUGACCUUAUCGCGUGAAACAUUAAUGGACUCUUCUAGUUCAUCUUUAUUUGGCGUUGAGGUUAUUAUUUUCGCCUUUACACAUUUUCUGCCUCUUGUGCCAAUUUUCUUUUUUAAUUCUGGCAUGGGUAUGACAUCUGUGGGAAGAACAUUUGGAAGACUUGCAUUUCUAUGAUCUGCAGUGAUAUGUUCUCUGAUUGAUGCCUUUUGCUGUUCAGCCUCAAAAUCUUCAUCAGAAAAACAUCUCUCCGCACAGGGUAUAUCCCAGUUACACUGAACCCCUAAUGGUUCUCUCCCCUGUUUGUACUUUUAGAUAAACUCGUCCAAAAAUUUCACAUACAUCAAAGUGUGUUAUAGCUGGAUUCUCUGAUCGCAAAAAAUUCUUACUUCUUUAUUGUAGAAGGUUUUUAGUGCACCCAUCACAGUCUUGUCCAUGGGCUGCAUCUUAUGAAUGGUAUGCGGUGGUAAGCACAUUAUGGUGACAAAAUUGUCUCUUGCCUUAAUAACCACAUCUAAGUUCCCAGUGUGUGUAUGGUAGCCAUCAAGUACAAGAAGCACUGGACUUGUCUGUGUAGGUUUUGUUUUUUCUAAAAAGUGGUCAAACCAUUGCGUGAAUAAAUCAGUUUGAAUCCAUCCUCAUGGAUGAAAUGCGAAUAUCGUUCCCGGAGGACCUUUUUUAAUCUGCUCGCUGCUGUUUUUUCCGGGGGAAAAUAAGCAUAGCAGGCACAAAUCCCCCUGUAGCAUUUAUGCACAAUUCCGCUGUGACCAGGGAUUCUCGUUGCGCCGACGUGAGUGCGCCCACUUGUUUUUUGCGUCUCAUAGGGCACCUGGACUGUACAAUACACAACCCGUUUCGUCCACAUUGUGUAUUCGGUCCGGAGCGAAGUUUUUAUCUUCCAUCGUGAUUUCCAAAAGAACAAAACAUUCUUCGAUGUUCUCUCGAUUGAAUCCCAGAGCUCUGGCUGUUAAGGUGCCAAUAGAUUUUCUGAAUAUCUCAAUAUCGUUUGGUGUCUCUUCAUAUAUGCAUAGAGCCAAUCUUUUCCAGCAGACUCGCGCAAAAAUGAAAACUGAUGCAGUAAGUUGUUACGCCAUAGAUCGCAUAUCUUUACGAGUCAACUCAAAAUACUUUUUAUCCAUUUUCAAUAAAUAUUUCACAAGUUCUUUCUCCAAUUCGGGCGACUAACCCGUUUUCUUUCCCAAAGUAGUUUAGCAAACGAUUUUAGGGGAACCCUCUUUGUUACAGAGGCGAUGAAGAGUGCCACGAGGAACAUGAAAUCGUUUUGCAGCAGACAGGUAGCCUAAACUUUUACUCCUUACAGCCUCAAUAGCUUUUUCCAUCUCUUCAGGAUUCUACUUUUUCCUUUUUUUUCGAACAAGACAUUGCAUCAGUCAAUAAAAUUUUUUUUAGAAUCCUUACGUUCUAUACUAUAGAAUUUUGACGCAACUAUCGAAAAUCGGCAAAUAUAAAGUAAACAUAUCAAGAAGUAACCCUAGAAAAUUUAUCUACAUUUAAACAAAAAUCUUUGGCUAAUAUGGAAUACUUUAUUGUCGAGAAAUAUGGAAUAUUCCUUAAUACCUGAAACAUCAGCGGUAGAUAUGAUAAGACCCCAGAAAUAUAUUACUUGAAUUAACUUUCCAAUUGAACAAUCAAUAAUUACAUUAGUACCUAGACCUCGAGUCGAAAAAAUCGAUAAUUUUAUCAAAGUAUCGAUUUUUUUUUCGUUCAAUCAACCUAUAAAAAAUCGAUUUUUGAGGAAAUAAUCGAUUUUUGUAGAUAUUUUGAUUUUUUUAUACGAAAAAUGCUUAUUUUAUAUAUAAGUAUAAAAAAGGGCGACUUUUAGAUUAUAGAUUCGAAUUAUUCAUAUAUAAAUAUUCAGUACUCUUAAACAUUUUAUUGCAGUGAAAAUAAUACAAACAAUAAGAGUAAGAAAUAUAACGACAGUUUUUUGGUCUCAAAACUAAUCAAAUACAAAACAAAUCACUUUGUAUAAUUUAAGUUUAGACAAUAACAAACACUAAUUUUAAUUAUAAUUGAUCGUUCACAAUUUGACUUAAAAAUAUAAAAUAAAAUCAUGAGGAUAAAUAAUGAAUAAAAUUACGAACGUAUGGUUUCAAAAUUAAAAUACAAUACAAAUCGUCCUUUAAACCUUAUGUUUAAGUAGUCAAAAAGAAAAGACAAUUAUUAUUAUGACAAAUCUUAAAACUAAAAAACAAUAAUGUUUUCUUUAAACUUUGAGUUUAAAUAAUAAAAAAAACAGAAUAAAUAAUUGCCACAAAUGUUUAUUAUCGCGUAACAUUUGUCUAGAAUCAAAGAAAAAUUAACCGAUUAAUUUAAGUAGUAAAUAUAACGAUAAUUGUUAGGUAUGAACAUUGAAAAAGAAAAGAAAGCAUACUUCAAACUACAGAUCAAAAUAUAUCAAAAAGUGUUGCCAUAAAUGUUCAGAGUUUAAAUAUAAUAAUUUUGGUAGUCGCUUUCCUAAAAUACGGUUUAGAGUUUUUCUGACAAUAUUUCCAGCAUUCGAAAAUAACCUUUCAGCUGGUGCAGAAGUGGCCUGAUAGGUGUUUCAGAGCCAAGUCGGUUAACUUUUUUAUCAUUGAUGUAUUAGCAGCCAUUAUUAUAUCAUGGUCUACCUGCCAUAUAUCUUGUCCGUCGUCGGCCACUUCCGAUGAAAUAGAUGAUUAAGAAUGGGUCACCGAUGGAGUAUCGUCAUUUCUGGUAUUUAAACUCAAACAUCGGUUGGUAUAAUUAAUUGUUUUUGACAAAGAUAAUGGCUCAACUAAAUGAUUUUUUUUUGAAUCUAGGAUCCAAAAACGUUGCGACCGAGAAAAGUUGAACUUUUUGGAUGUUUUCAAAUCUUUUAUUUAAUUCCGAUUGCAAUGAAUAUUUUAAAUGGUUUGCCAAAUCACUGGUUAUCGGUAUAGCGUCUAACAAAGUUCUCAAACACUUGAUAAUAGGUGGGUCUUUGCUAGCUGUCACAUAUUUUUCAGCGCUCAUUUCUUCGGUGACAUUGUGAAAAAGCUUUAAAAUUUUUCCAAUUUCUUUUAGCAGGACAAUUUCCUUUGCUUGAAGCAUUUGGGGUGCAUUCGGAUGGUUUAUCAAAAUAGAUCCUAUUGUGCUGCUCAUUAUGACAAAACGUUCAAUCAUAAAUAAUUGUUAGUUCCAUCUUGUUGAUACGUCUCCGGCCAAAUGCUUCACUUUUACUUCAGCAACAUUUUGCUGCAUUUGCAUCUGUCGCAAUUCUUCGGUGCAUAAACCACUUUGGUGGAACCAAGUUACGAUUUUUCGGACGUUAUCCAAAAAAAGUUUAACAUCAGAGGAAUUCACAGAAUUAUCGACUACUAGAAUCAAUGUAUGUGCUAGGAUCGAAUAUGUUUUACUCGGCCAAAAAUAAUCUCAAUGCUUUAACUAUGUUACUGCCAUUAUCUGUAGUAACACUCACAAUUUUUUCAUGAGACAAACCCCAAUCUCCACAACAUUAUGAAUCACCUCCGAUAAAUAUUCCCCUGUAUGAUUGUCAUGAAGCGGUUCACAUGCGAUAUUCAUCGAUUCCAUUUCAAAGUUUUCUAUAUUACUAUACAGUAACAUCUAAGAAACUUCUUAACUGCAUAUCCUUCCAUUCAUCUAUUGUGAGACAGACGAUUUCAACAGACCGUAAUUUUUGUUUGAUAAGGUUUUCUUUCUUCAUAUUUAGUAUCGAUGUGAUAGUUUUGCGACAUGGAACCUUGUACAAGGGAACCACAGUCUUCAUUAACUUUUUAAAUAAUAUUCUUUCUACCAUACUGUAAGGAAGACUAACCCGACAUACCUAUCAUUUCUGCGAUGCUUUUAGUUAUUUGUUUACUUUUAUCACCCUCUGAAGCGUUUGCUGGAAUUCUCUAAAAAGCCGCUCCGAUAUUUUUUUGAUCUAGCCCGUUUUGGCGUUGAAGAUGAAGCCAACUUUCUGUUAAUGAAGAUUGCACCAAUGAAUUAUUAUGCCCCAACUUGGUAGUAUCCUGAAUAUCAACUACAUGUGAAUUCUGCAGCGAUAAAAAUAAAAACGAAAUGAAAUUAUAAAUAUUGUAACCAUAAGGUACACUAGAGUAAACAAUGGAGUAUACAAUUUUAAUGUCAUUUUUCGUAAAUGUUUGCAAUUGAAGCAUAUAAAAUGUAACUCAUUACACAAAUGUUAUCCUAAUGCUGUCAUAAGGAUCGUAAUAAAUAAUAACUAUUACAUCAAAUGAUGAGUGUUACCUCGUCAGCUUGUAAGACAUCAGAAUGUUUCUUUCAAUGUACUGUUUCAAGUUUGUAGUAUUACUGCAUGUUUUUAACUCUUUGGACAAUAUUUACGUUUUGCGGUGGCAUUAUCCUUCUGGGUGUUUUACCAGUGGAAGACAUUUUUAUGGUUAACAACAAUUAUUUUGACACUUCAAAGAAAUAAAUAAAGACAAAAAGGAUCACAACUUAUUAUAUAUUUGUACUCAAACAUGGAGCUGAUUUUUUAUCGACUUGUUCACGUUUAGCAAACUUAUCCAUUCUUUCAUUCGUCGCAUAGAUAGCAUUAUUUACAAAAAUCUAUUCAAAAUGUGUAACUCAUGUAAUUGAUUUAUUAAAAAUCGAUAUUUGCCCUUAAUAAAAUCGAUUACAAAAAAUCGAAAAUAAGAAAAAAUAAUCGAUCAAAAUAAAAAUCGAUUAUUUAUUCCCUUCCAUACCUAUAUACAUUUACCUGAUCAUAUGAAGGAUUGUUUUAAAGAAAUAACUAACAAAACAAGUUAGCAAAAAAACUCUUGAAAAGUGCAAUACUCAAUGAUGACAACUGCCAAAAUUCAAAACGUUAGCAGUUGAGUUAAUUGACAUAAGAAACCUGUAAUAGACUAAAUUAUACUUCUUCAACUACCAAAACAUAGGUGACGCCUCCUGUUUCAAAAAUAAAGCGUAUUCCAUAUUACCCGGCCUAUUCCAUAUUACAUUACUCUACUGAUACAGAUAUAUUACAAGAUUACAAACUUUUAAUAUCAUUGAACUGAAAUCAAACACAACUUAAGUGUAUAAAUGAUAAAAGAAAACUUAGGAGCCUGCUUCAUCCAACUUUACAUUAAUAGUUUAAUAAUUUUCUUUCUCCAAAGAACUCUGUUUUUUUUCACGGGUCACAAGUUGAACCAUUUUUUUUUAUUUUUGACAAAUUCCAGCAUUAAAUUUGAGGCAACGGAAACAUAUGAAGUAAAUGUUAUGGCUUACAUAAUUCACUUGUACGGGUCAGGCGUGCGCAACUACAUAUGUAGUACGUUUUCAUGCUCGCUGGUAAAUUUUUGUAAACUGUAGUUUGUGAUCGUCUUCACCAUAUGAUACUUCUUUUUUACCGUCUUUUUGAGAACCAUUAUAAUUUCAAUUUGAAGUGUUACUGCUCAAAUCCGUUUGUACCGGUAUGCAUCUAAAAAAAAAAUUGUGUGACGUAUAUAAGACUACUUAUCAACUAUGCGUUGUUUGUGUAUGUAGCCGCCAGUAUACUUACCCGAUCGAACAUACAGUCGAUUGUAUACGGAGAGAAACGAUAUAUCGACAUCGUCAGAUUUUACCGUUAGCCCUAUAUGGGUCGAUCUUUAGCUCUAACCAAAUUUGACAGAUUUCCCUUACAACAUGCGCCACAAAUGUGAGCUAGUUCAUAGCAACAACUUUUAUCGUAAGGAGGAUCUACAGGGCUACUUUUGGUUGAGAUGUCAAUCAAAAUUAUGCCGAAACCCUACCUUUGAACAAGAAUUAUACAUAUUGGCGGCAAUCUGUUUAUAAGCAACUAUCAUCACAUACACUUUUUUUAUACUUGAACUACCACGAUAUAAACUACGGUUGAACCAUAGGUUUGUUAGUAUAUAUAAGGAUUUUGCGGAUGCAGAUAUUUUGAUAUCCGUGGAUGCGAAUGCGGAUCUUAAGAUAUAAAUAUAAUUAUGUAUGUCAAUUAAGAUAAAGAACAUUUUUAAUACACUCAUUAGAAGCUCAAAUAAUUCCUAUACUACGUACGUAUAAAAAUGUUCUGAAUUGUCAACAUUCUGUAACUGUGCUGCCGGCAGGGGCAUUAUGUUAAAAACCUAAAUAACGUCAGAAAAACCGACGAAAUGUCAUCUUGCAGACUAGGUAGUUUUAAGUGUGCAAAUAGUUCAUUCCACGUUUACUCCCUAUGAUCGCUAUUUGCUGACGUUUAAGCAACACGUACAGCUAAAAAACGAGUUCACAUCAAGUGUACAACAGCUUGUGCUAAGUCAACAUCUUGUAGAAAAACCUACAUUACGUCUCAAAAAACCUACCAAAUGUCAAAAAAAAACCAACAAAAUGUUACUAUUCAAGAUACGUAACAUCCUUUAAAAAUAUCGGCAACUAGUAGCACAGUUGUCAGUGGCGAGUUAUAAAUGUUUAUUAUUGUCUCGAGUCACUAUAUAUUUCAUAAGCAGAAAAUAUAGCUCAAACCUGACCCCUGAUAAUUAUUUGAACAAGAGAACUAUUGGGGUAACAAAAAAUCAACAAAUCAAGCUAUGCGACUGCCUGACCUGCGCUCGACGCCCGUGUGGUAAUGACUCAGAACACUUUUAUACAUGUUUGCUAUAGUUAUGUUGAAAACCGACAGGUCAUAUUUAAAAAGGAAGAAUUUAGCCACCUUUCAAGUUCACGUUUGUUUCGCAUAGGUUCAUAAAUUAAAUCUGCGCGCUGUUAGUGAUAGUAUUUGCAUGUGUUCUCGACGAAUGCGAUACUGUUCGAGUGAAUAAAAUGAAUAUUAAGGUAUCAAUUCCUUUUGAGUGUAACGACAGUACUGCCUCUUCGCAACCCACAUUACCUCUGUAUCCGCAUGAAAAUCCGUAUUGAUAAAUACGAAUGAGUAAGUGUAUGCGGCCGCAAAUAUUCGCAACAACGUUGGUAUAGAUAAAGGUAUCUGUUGAGAACUAGACUUAACCUAUUCAAACCAUUUAGGAGGUCGAGGAUCCAGAUGAUAGUCCCAUAAGGUCUUUCAGUUACGGAGAAAAUAUGUACAGCAUGGCAAAGUUUCGGAAAAUGUAACUGGUUUCCAAAAUGUUAUGUAUUGUAUACGCGAUAUAAAAAUCAACUGUUUGUAGUAGAUAUUUGCCAGAGUAUUUUGAAAUGCUUAUUGUCAUAAACUGGUGUAAGUAUACAUACAUAUUUUUGAAUGGAAGUUUAUAUAUGUACAUAUUUCUUGUUGUAAAUGAUGUUGAUAUAAACACACAGGUUUUAUUCAAAUUGCAGUUUUAUUUUUCCUCAAGUUGCAAUAAAUCAUAAAUUGUAAUUUGUACAAUACAAAAGAUCUACCAUUCUUGAUUCUUGAUAGUAGUUGGAAUAGUGCUUAGUUCUAUAGCAUAUAUUUAUUUUUCCUAUUUUCA